GCGCGCCAACACGUUGUCGCCGAAAUCGCCUCAAUCGCCUUCAAAAUACAGUUUUUCCACCGUACGUUUGUGGUACCGUCUUCGUACUAGUUUCUAGUGUGUACUGUGAAAAUCCGAAGGAAAUCCGACGACGCGAACCGGUCCAAAUCGACGGUUUUAUCGCGGAAUAUUUUAACAUACAAUUUAUAUCUAUAUGUAGGCGAUGCGGCGUUGCCGGUUCAUCUAAAGCCACGUUGCCGGUUUCGAGGUGGCUUUUAACACAUUGUGUUAUGGAGCGAGUGCUUGUGACAGUCGAAUGCGCAAGCUAAAGGCAGUUUUACGAAUUAGUGUAAGAAGGUGACGGACGUCGCGAUGGAUAGCAAGUGCAAAAAAAUACUUCUCAAGGAUCUGAACAGUGUUAUAACUUGCAAAUUAUGCCAGGGUUAUUUCAUAGACGCUACAGCUUUAACUGAAUGUCUCCACGUGUUUUGUAGAGCUUGUAUCCUUCGACAUUUCGAAAAUAGCAAGACUGAUUGUCCGAUCUGCAACACUGUUUAUAAGAAAAAAACCCCGGCAUGUUUCAAGGCGGACCCACAGAUCCAAUCCUUGGUGUACAAAGUAGUGCCGUCGUUGUUCGCAAGAGAAUCCCAACGCAGGGAUGACUUCUACAGGAGCACCGGCGUCAGGGCGUCGAGUUCCUGCAGCGACGACAGCGUCAUCGAAAGGGAGCGCGACCUGAUCAAUGACCAAGAGGAAACGAUCUCGAAUUUUUUCGGCGACAAGACCCGGUUCAUCAACACCGAGGAUUUAAUAUCUCUAUCGUUGGAGUACUAUCAAGCGGAUUUGGACGAGACGGGAGAGGAGAAGAAAUCGAAUAAUCGCGAAAAUAACAAUAGGAAAUUGUCGUACAUAAACGAUACGGACGAAGUGGUUGGUGCGAAGAUUACGAACGACGGUGAUUGUAACAAAAACGGUGAUAAAGACGUAACGAACGAUGAAAACGGUAAAAAUUGUGAUAAACGGUUCCUGCAGUGUCCCGCGGCGGUGUCUAUGAAACAUUUACAGAAGUUUAUUAGGAUGAAAUUCGGUCUCACCGCUGAUCAUCGGGUGGACAUCAUCUACAAAGGCGAGGUGUUGAAAAACAACUUCAGUUUAAUAGACGUGGCCUACACUUUCAAGUGGAAAAAGGAAAAGCCGUUGAGGUUCUUCUACCGCAUCUUCACCCCGCAAAAGGUCAGGCCGAUUAAAAUCCGCCUGGAAGGGGAGCAACUUCAAGUAGUACCUGUUAAAUCCGACGCUCAACGGCCCGUCCUAAAUACCUCGAACGAUGAGAAAAUCGAAAGGCCGAAGAGCUUUUUAGACGAAUUGGAAGACCAAAAUGACCACAAGAAGAGGCUCUUCGAGCACCUCAAACUCCAGCCGAACCAAACCGAAAAGGAAACCAAGAAAGUACCUGAGAAAUCUCCGCAGAAGGACUGCGUCUUCGAAUACCAGGAGCCCGACCUGGAGGAGAUCAAGCGAUUCGCCGAGAUAAGGGACAGAGAAUGGGCAAUGCAGAAGAAACUCGACGAGGAAUCGAAGCGAAUAAACGAGGAGGAAACGUUCACGUAUCACAUCAGCAAGAAACGGAAAAAGAACAAGCAUUCGAAGAACGAGUCUAACACACACAAGAAACGCAAACUCCACGCCGAAAUCGCUUCGAACGAAGAAGACUUGAAGCUGAAGGUUAAGAUAACCAACAACGGCCACAAACACAAACACCAUAAAAGCUCUAAUCAACAACUCAACGAAAAGGAUAAGAGUAGCACGCAAGAAAUGAGUUCGAAAGAAAAGCUCCUGCAGAUGAGGCAAGUGAGACACAAGCACAUACCCAGCGACGAAAAGAAAAUUCAAACAGUUCCCAGCUUGAUACUAUCGAAAGAUGUAAAUAGAAUAAUCGAUAAACCAAGAGUGGAAGAUAAUAUUAGCAAACCACAAAACAUCUCGAAUAAGCCCGUUCAAAAUAUUGAACCAGUGAAAGUUUCGGAGGAUAUAAAAAAGCUCAAAAUCAAAGUGCCAGAACCUUCGACGAACGUCACAGAAUCCGCUGUUCUGCUUAAACAGCAAACCCAACCUACCAGUACCAGUCCAAAAAUAGGCGCUUUCCUCGAAUCCAGCAGCCCCAACAAAACGAAUUUCAUCAACGUGAAAGAAAAGGAAUGGACCAAGAAGAUAAUGCCCUCCGUGCAAUUGGAGAGAAACACGCAAACCGAAAAACAAGCGAUAAAAGUACAAAAAACUUUCCAAUCCUACGCCGACAAGUACAGGACCGAAAAAGUGCAGCAGAACAAAAUCGAAAGCGCCAAAAUGAGCAAAGAAACGCCCCAACCCAAGACUGAUAUUAACAAAAUCACGACGAACAACAACAAAUUGCUGGAGAUUAAAAUAGAGCAUCUCCGACAACGUUGCACGUUCGAGCCAAAGCAGCCGGAUAAACCUGAAAAGAAAGUCGUAUUUAACAACGCCAAAAACAAAAUCAUCCCGCAUUAUCCUCCAGGAUUCACCACCCAGUUUGGAGAUAACUUUAAUCAACCCGCCGACGAGUACUCCUAUGCAAAUAGCCCAAAAACCACCCGAAAAACCUCCAGUCAAACGACCCCCGCCUCCCACCAUCCCUCUAGAGAAAUAAAGAAAUCCGUCAACUUGAAAUCCGGCAUCAGCAUCAUCCCCAAAUUGCCCGAGAGGUGCGACAACAUCGGCGCGCUGGAUUUAUCCAACAAAUCCCCGGACUCAUCUCCGCGAAACUCCCCGAAAAUCGAGAGCACCAACGGCGUCACCAUCACCAACAGACAGCUCACCACUCUGAACCGCACGGAGAAGAACCCCGCCCUAUCGAACCUCCAAAUGCUGUCGAAAGUGGCCACCGAGCACCCGACUCUCAACAACCAGAACGUCGUGGUGGUGAACAACAAGCCGCGUCCGCAGAUGCCCAGCCUGCAGACCCUCAAGAUACCGAACCUUCCGAUGAAGACGUCCAAUUUGCAGAAGCUGCCGAAGCUGAACGAGAUCCAGAAGUUCCGGCCGCAGAUACGCAGCGUGCGUCCCAAUCAGAACCAGAACAUUCGGAACAUACCGAAUCCCAGCGCGCUGAUUCGCCAGCACCAGACGCAGAACCGGAUCACCAUCGGCACCCAGGCGGAUAGCCCGAGCAAGAGCGUCGCGACGACGGCGGCGGCGGCGCCGGCGCAGGCGCCUGUUGCCGUGAGUCCUAAGGAUAACGGCGUGAAGGCGAUGGAUAUAGCGGUGCAGGAGAAGAAGGAAAUUUCCGUUUAA